AUGGCUGAUUCAACCUUUGCUGAACACGUGGCAACCACCAAUAGUCGAUUGGCAUCUCUUAGAGCUAACCUGAUCGACGCGGCCACUUUUCCGGAAGCAUGUAGUGAACUGACCAAAUGGUGUCAAGAUCAACGUGCUUUCACGGCUCACUUCGAGGAUAAUCUUAUGCUGGCAUUGGAGGUCGCAAUGGACUACGGAACUCGGGAAAACUAUGAUUACAUGCUAACUCAUGGACUAGUUGGAGCAUGUUUCACCCACCGGAAACACCUAUCGAAGAUGUCUGCAACCCGAAUCGGUCGCUGGUACGAACAAAUGCGUCGAUUAAAAAAGAACGGUGGAAAACGGAAAAGAGCCCCUCCGAAACCCAAAGAACCAUCUGUGAUCCCUCCAACAAACGGAGCACUUCCUGUCCUUACAUCCCCAUGUCCUCCUCCAUCAGCCGUCCUCCCUCCUCAACAAACGAACGGACAACCUCUACAACAGCCGACUGAAAAUAACAACUUCAUGUUCUCGCCAACGAAUUCUGACGGAAUCCCAACUCUAGCUUUUCAACCAUGUAGAAUUGUUCUGACAAUUUUGUAUAUAACAUCCCCUGGCUCCGUCUUCCAGAAUUCCUAUUGCCCAUACAAACGUCAUUCUUUGUCAAAAGUAAUCUUAAUCUCGGACAAAUGA